ACACGUAAAGUGCUCGCGGCACGUAGUUUGGAUGUAAAUAAUAAAAACAAAUUUUCUUCGAAUUUAACUAUGUCCUCUCCAGAAACGAAGCUAGAUCUGUACGAUGAGGGUGUCGAAUCACCGUCGGAAUCCAUGCACGGCGAAAUGACCGUGUCCGGCACACAGCGGAACACAAACAAUCCGGGAGCACCCAAUUUCAACACACUCGAUGAACCGAUAAGGGAAACAAUCCUGCGUGACGUAAAGGCUGUCGGUGUCAAAUUCUACCACGUCCUCAUACCGAAGGAGAAAAAUACGUUGCUGAAAGAAUGGGAUCUCUGGGGCCCGCUGGUGCUGUGCACGUUUAUGGCCACAAUCUUGCAGGGCUCGUCGGCCGACAUGUACGACGGUGGGCCGGAGUUUGCACAGGUGUUUGUCAUAGUGUGGAUAGGUGCAAUGAUAGUUACACUUAACUCGAAGCUGCUGGGUGGAAAUAUAUCCUUCUUCCAAUCGGUCUGCGUGCUGGGAUACUGUUUGACGCCCUGCGCACUCGCGCUGCUGGUGUGCCGGAUAAUUUUGUUGUCAACGCAAACGACGUUCCUUUUCUUUCUACGAUUUCUGGUAGCAUCAGCAGGAUUCGGUUGGGCAACGUAUGCUUCAAUUAUUUUUCUCGGUGACAGUCAACCCGCGAACCGGAAAGCACUUGCUGUAUAUCCGAUUUUCCUCUUUUACUUCAUCAUCUCGUGGCUAGUGAUUUCGCACAGUAAUGUGUAAUGUUCGUAAUGUACACCUGUGACAAGCGACAUGUCUUCAUUUUAUCUACACUAAUUCGUGAAGCAAAACGAUGACUGAACCGUGGAAAGCCCCGCGAUCGGAGCGCACGAUGUUUGAGAAUGUUCAUUCUACAUUCCAGCGCACUGCGAUGAUUAAAGCCAAACAAGCUGCAGUUUACAUCACGGCCAGUAGUUGCAGUUGGCACUGACAAAAAAAAAAAUGAAACGGAACAUGAUCCACUUAGAAUAAUCGCUACCGUACUUCUAAUGCCACCCCUUUUGUAUUAUAUAUGUUUCCACAGAUUAGAAUAAUAAAACGAUUAUGUCGUACUAUGCGAAGUUUGAUUGGUUAA